AUGAUGUUCCCCAGCCUCAUCGCUCCUCCGGCGGUCUACCCCAGCCUCCUGCGGCCGACACCCACCCUCACCUUGCCUCAAUCGCUGCAAUCCGCUUUUUCCAGCCAUUCCAGCUUCCUGGUGGAAGAUUUGAUCCGGAUCAGCAGACCCACCAGUUACCUGCCCAGGACUGCCCCCCCGCCCAGCAUGUCCCCCCCAACAAGGACGGAUUCGGGGACUCCGGAGCUCACCAGCUCCUCCAACAGCGGCUCCAGGAGGAUCUGUUCGCCUCAAACUUCCAGCAGCGACUCCACUUUCCUAAAGUUUGGAGUCAACGCCAUCCUCUCCUCCGCCCCCCGAGCCGAAACUUCCCCUGCGUUGCUUCAGAGCGUCCCUCCAAAGGCUUUCUCCUUUCCGUACUUUGAAGGAUCCUUCCAGCCUUUUAUCAGAUCUUCCUAUUUCCCAGCUGCCUCUGCUGUGGUCCCCAUCCCUGGCACCUUCUCCUGGCCACUGGCUGCCCGUGGCAAGCCCCGUCGUGGCAUGCUGCGUCGUGCCGUCUUCUCUGAUGUGCAGCGCAAGGCACUGGAGAAGAUGUUCCAGAAGCAGAAGUACAUCAGCAAACCCGAUAGGAAGAAGUUGGCAGCCAAGCUUGGCCUCAAGGACUCACAGGUGAAGAUCUGGUUCCAGAACAGGAGGAUGAAGUGGAGGAACUCCAAAGAAAGAGAGCUCCUUUCUUCUGGCGGCUGCAGAGAACAGACCCUACCCACCAAGUUCAACCCUCACCCAGACCUCAGUGACGUAGGCAAGAAAUGUUCAGGCGAGGAGGAGGAAGAAGAAAUUCCUUCUGUGUGCCCACCCAGCCCCCAGCAUCCCUUAACCUACCACCAGUCCCCAGAACAUCUACACUUGAGGGACAGACUGGACUCCCAGAUGUCUCCUUCUCCAUCCCAUUCUAGCAGCCCCAGCAAACCUUCAGACUUCUCAGACUCAGAGGAAGAGGAUGAUGAAGGGGAAGAAGAAGAGGAGGAGAUAACAGUCUCCUAGAUCACCUGCCUGCCCCUACCAUCACAUGGGGACAUUACAAAGAUGUAAAUAAACUGAGUGCUAUAAAUUGAAGAGGUGAUGUCCCACUCAAAUGUCCACAUGCUUCUCCAGUGCAGGUUCUUUAUCACACAGCUGCAAUAAUUUCUGCUCAUAAGCAUUCCUUAUUCUUUGCUCCAUGUGGAGGAUUUCACAUUCAUAGCAUCUGCUAACAUUUUGAUAAGUCUCUGUUCUUAACCAACAAUUGCUCGAUUAGCUAUGUUGUCCUGAAAGCAGGCAACAGGCAGCUCCUUUCUUUAUAGCAGGGAGGAAAGUAUAGCCUAUUGGAAGUGAAACUUUUCCACCCCCCAGAUAAAAACCAAAAAUGCAGUCUAGAUGGUGUUGUCAUUUUCACUACCUUUCAAGUGAGUUUCCAGAUACUAUUAAGAUUUCAAAAUCCUGAACACUGGCCUGAUUUAGCAACCCUUUUUUCCGAAAGUAAAUAACAUUGAGGAAGACUGACCAAACACUGCCUCCCUCCUCACCCCAAUCAAUAAGGUAUUUCUGCAACAGACCCAUUGAAAUCCCUGGAAUGACUUCUAAGGUAUAACAUAAGUGUACUUUGUCUAAUGGAGAGACCUUAUGUAUUUAUGUGUUUCGUUUUAAUUUAUGCAUUGAUGUUAUAUUCAAAGCACCGUUUAACCCACCUUUGUGCCUACAGGUUUGUGCUUAUUUUCCAUGUUGCUUCUGAUAUCCCUGGUGUGGACAGAGGAAAGCGGAUAUGCCUCUUUGAUUUUUGACUGAACUUUGCUGUCUUUGCACAGCUUAUAUGAACUGUACACUAUUUUGUACACUUACUCUGUAUGGAUGUUUUAUACCAAGGUUAUUGUGAAUGAAUAUAACAAUGGCUCAACAAGGUUUCUCUCUUUAAUUAAAUGACAGCUAAACUACAGACAAAUGUAGCUGUUUAAUUGUGUAACUUAUAAAGAAACACUUUUAUUUUGUA